AUGGGGAUAUGGUGCGGAGGCAAAAACAUGACUAAUCCAGACCAGAGAACAGCCAAGGGAAGACUGUUGGAUGAAGAGAUGGACAGCUAUCCCGGAGUCGCUGGCGGUGAUUCUACUAAACAACAAGAAAGACAUUACUACCUGUUAUCCGAACUGCAAACGCUGGUCAAAGACUUGCCGAGCUCCUUUCAGCAGCGCCUGUCCUACAACAUGCUGAGUGACCUUGCUCUAGCACUCAUAGAUGGGACGGUGUAUGAGAUUGUGCAGGGCCUGCUGGAUAUACAGCAUCUGACAGAGAAGAAUCUCUACAAUCAGAGACAAAAGCUCCACUGUGAACACCAAGCACUCAAACAAGACCUCGCACGAAAACACAAAGAUGCCUUACAGUCAUGUAAGUCUCACAACCUUGUGCUUCUCAAGGCAAACCAGCAAGCAGAGGUAGAGGCUCUGGAUGUUCGUGUUCGAGAAGAACAAAAAAUGAUGGAUAAGAAGAUUAUAGCAGAAAUAGAUCAAAAAGUGAUAGACCAGCAAAACACCCUGGAGAAGGCAGGAGUCCCUGGGUUUUAUGUCACCACUAAUCCUCAGGAGCUGACGGUGCAGAUGAAUCUACUUGAAUUGAUCCUUAAGCUUCAGCAGAAGGAGUCUCAAUCUGGACUUCUAUGAGAAAGAUGAUAGAGUGACCCGUUGGUGCCAAAACAAACAGAAAAACAUGUGCAAAGGUCACAGGCUGCAUUUGAUCAUAUUCCAGUAACUAUGGUCUCCCCCUGGUCUCGGCUAACAUACAACACUCCUGUCUUCUAAGAAGCAACAAUUUCAGAGUAUUGAACAUGUGUUGUUCAGAGUGUACUUAUCAUCAGUGUCAUUAACAUGUGUAAGAAAGCUGUUUUUGAAGUAUUCAAGCAAGACGCAGUGAAGCGGUAGCAGGCUGUGACAGCUUAAAUGUCGCACCUUGAGAAAUGAACAAGUGGUUUUGUUACUCAUCAUUUAAACAGGUUUAACGACCCUGAGAUUGUGAUGUAAGAGCCUCCUGAGACACAUAAAUGUCACCAACAUUUGAGGUCAAAGGGGAAGUUUUGCUGAUUUAUGUGGCCAGAGGAGUAACUGAGCAACAAAAUAUUUCUGUUGAGAAAAUUUGUUAUGGAAAACAUCUGGUGUUUGUUUAUGAUGUUUAUUUAAAAUAUGUAAAUAGAAAGAUGCUGUAAAGUUUUCAGUUUGACUGUUCUGGCUGGUUUCUGAAGCAACUUUAUUUGAUCAGUACUGUAAUAUUUCCCACACUGUUAUAUUUUUGUGUAUGUUUUGUAUCCACUUAUUUUGAACUAUGGGAGAACAAUAUUCAUGUUUAUCAUAACUGGAUAUAUAUAUGUUAAUCCAUGAAUAAACAAAAGUGUAA